AUGUCGGGAAUUAGACCGACUGUCCCAAGUCAUUGGGAACUUAGACGAGAACUCAUUCGGGAAAUUAGAAGAGACUGAGAAAACUUAUGGCUUCAUACGGUUUCGUGGAAUAAACUCUAGAUGCAAUCAUCAAUGAGCACAAUCCACAAUGUAUAGUGUGGAUCACUACGACAAUGUAUAGUGUACACCAAUACUUGAUAGUUAAUCGCUCGGUCUUAGUCUUUUUGCUCUUCUUCUCAGAAGGUACAAAAAGGCUGAAAGACCUCUUUACUACUCGACCAUGUAGUGCCUGAGGUAACAUGACAUGACAUGAGUCACAUCUACAACCGCAAUUAUGGCUUCUACCUUUUACCCCUUCUAAUCUCACGUGCUACCAGCAGACGGGUCAGUGAUCCUAUUCGCUGAUCGAAGGAGGGGCGUCCAAGAAAGGAAUCCAGCACCAGGUGUAGCGGAACUUUUUCAGGGAGACAAUGCGUCCUGUGCAACGAAGAUGCAUAAAGUUGCAAAGGAUGGAGUGUUUUUGCAGCUUAGGACGAGUAAAGAAUUUGAAGCAAGGAGGCAGAAAGUUGUAGAUUAUGACGGCAAAUUGUGAUGGUCUCAACAGCAAUCAAUCAUUUUUUAUCCAUGUAGUUUACCUUUGAAGCUGAAUGAUUUCAAGCAACUUGCUCAAGCGAAAGACCUCGUUCGAUCAGCAACUUCUCUCUUCAACGCCAUCAGUCGUGCAUUGGAACGAUGCAUCAGUUUCUCUUCUAACUCCGACUUUUGUCCGAAGUAGACGCUCAGGCGGACGCUGCGAGAACAGAGGAGGCGGGAGAAGAAGGCGUGCCGGAAGGUGGCUUCCCACCUACUGAGUAUGCAGUUAUCCGCGACACUCUUUUUGCAGCGACGAGCACGCCUAGUACGAGCAGUUCGACGCCCAUGGAGGAAGAUGCACCACCACCACCUCCAGUCGCAAAUCCUAAUGCUUAAGGCAGAUAUGUGGUUUUUGUCAAUCUACUUGUCUGUUUCAGACAGUCUUUUGCCUUACGUUUUCUGUUUGUGUGUCUGUGAAACCAUUUGGCUUCUACGGUGACCACGAAUGGUCAUAUCAGGAGCACAAACAUGACAUGACUAUUCCUAUGUGGCAUCCCUAUCCAUGAAACCAGAAUCUUACUUGACUCGAGUCAUUCUCUUCCUCUACUCAACAUUGUCUGUACCAAAACCUGAUCUCUACUAACAUUUCGUCAAGUUCGGAGAGCUCGCGCUUUCCUUCGUGAAUGACUUGACAGUCGUGAAUGCGCGAGUGGAAACAGAUGCUGCGACGUUCUUGUCCAAGCAGACUGUAGACGAGCUGCAUGCCUUGGCUUUUAGUAGUGAACAGCCAGCGGAUGGGGGAGAAGCACCACCAAAGCCGAACUUACUCGAGUUCCCGGCCAUAGCAGAGCUGAUGCCUGAUGACGUGGAGUUUGAAUACAGGCAUAGGCCUGUGAAGUUGAGCUACACUUUGGAGAACAGCCAGAAGAUAGAAGUGCAUCCAGACGGCAGCUGUUUCGUGAAGUGGCCAACGGGUGGAGGGCCCGCUCAACAAGGAGGGGUGGGUCGGUCCGCCGGUGUAGCAGGCUCCGACGCCUGUUAUUACGAAGCAGGGCAGGUAGAAGAUAGCGAAGUGUGCCGAAAGGUGCAACCCGAUGGCACAUUUAUGCGAUUUUUGCGCAGCACAAGGAUAGAGCUCUACUAUGCGGACGGAACAGUAGCCUACCGCAAUCCAACUGUCAGCGAAUUAGCAGAAGUUCCGGCAGAGGGCGACGAGUGGCUAGCACACUUGCAGCUGUCGUACGGAAACCAGGACGUCACUGACGACAACGCAAUUCAAGCGGGCUUGCCUGGUCACUGGGUGGUCACGAAACUAGAUGGACGGCGAGUUGGGCGUGGGGACAAUGUCGAAGAGCUAACGGAAGGUCUCAGAGUUGUGUUGAAGAAUUUGAGGAUGGUGGAUGACGGCGAAAAAUUCGAAUACGAUUUGAAGCCUGUGAGCACGGUGAAACAGCAGGACCCGUCGACAGGAUACUGUUAUGACACACUUGGGUUUUUUGGGACUGUACUUGAUGUAUUGUUGUAGAAGAAAUAGAAGACAGGUAAGUAGUUCUAGUGUCUCGUAGCACUACGAAAUAGAAAUGAGUAAACUAAGUAGUAGAGCUGAUACGUUCGGAUUUACAUUAUCUGGCUGAUCUCUAAUUUCUGGUAAGAACGACGUCCGCCAGUGGCCUCAUGAUGACAGUAACUAGAGUGCUCAUGUUUGACAGUAACUAGAGUGUCUCUAAUUUCUGGUGACGACGUCCGCCACUGGGCUCAUGAUGCUGGAAUCGGAAGACAAGAGCCAGCAGAGAGUCAUAACGAACGACGCCACCGUUAUCACAACACAAGCGACGGUAACAAUACCUUACUUCAUUACUCAGGGCACUAACGGCUAUCGCUUGUGUUUGGUGGUAAUGGAGAUACUUAUCAAAAUUUGGAACCGUACAGGUGCCAUAUUUUGGCUUUUCGACACUCACUCAUCAGGCAACCGCUGGCAUCACUGACGUGAUCAUAGAGAAACCGGAUGUGAUGCCGAAAAUUGUGAUUGUGUGGGACAACUACAGCCUCCAGAGGAAUACCAAGAUGAGCAUCUACGCAACAGACGGAAGCGUAUUCGAGGUGACGCCAAAAGAGCUGAACCACGAUGGCAAACUGGUGCCUUGUCCAGUAGAACACACAGCGACACACACAGCAGCGACGCUCAGACAUGCAGUACUUAUUUUACUGUUUCUUUUACCUAGAAAAAUGGUUGUGACGCCCGCAUUCGGAAUUUGUGAAUGCACCUUGUUGAAGAUUGAACGCAAAAAUCUCGAAAAGAAGCCUUAAAGACGUGUGAAUACAAUCAAUCUUUCCCAAACCUUCUACUCCAUCAGUCCUCGUCUUGCCUCGUGAAGUCUGACGGUCUAGGGGAAGUCGAUGUUUUUACGAAAGGUGACGUCGAUGAGCACGGAGAAGAGGCUCUUUUGAAGAGGGAGACGGAUGCUGGGUUCUAUACCGUGAAUUUGACGCAGAAUGAGAUGAGAUUAAUGGACAAAGAAAGGAACAAAUUCUGUCUUAACGGUGACCAAACUGUCGAUUUUCAAUUAGCGGUCAGCAUGAGCGAAGACGGGAAAUUCGAAGAGCCGAAGUGCGCGAAGGUAUAGUACCAAAGUUGUAGAUCUAAUACGCAUACGCAGUAGCUUUAAAAGGAGUAGACAUACUUUGUACUAUGCUGCUGAUGAAUAGAGAAAGGUCCCUUACUUGGCCAACCGACAUCUCCCUGAUCACCACCCCACAGCCCUUGCAGCAGUAUCUAUUGUCAUCCAAACCACACAAUAACUCCACCAACACCCCACAGCCAUUGCAGCAGUAUUGUCACCCCGAGGCUGCUUUUCUGCCAGUACCACCUACAGCGCCACCACCGAGAUUAUUCGUCAUAUACGCAGAUGGCGAAGCAGAGGAGCUGGUGGAAAAAAAAAAUGUGGACGAGGCCUUCUUUGCCGUCAAAGACAUUGAUGAUUAUGAUGUUGAGGUGAACGAUGAAUGUUGAUGUUCGCGAAUUUUCUUGUUUUUGUAGUAGCGGUAGGUUGGUUCCUUCUCCACACAAACAAUUUCUUUUCCCCAUGUCCAUAAACCCAUUAUUUUAACGCUUUUUUUGCGCAGGCUCAACUUCUUCCCGAGUCCCACAAGCACCAACUUCUUCAACCCAUGUCCCACACCCUUUCAUACCCCAGUCGUGUGCGUUCGUGACGAGGCACUGCAGUAUCCUCUAGAGGGUUGCCGAUCAAACACGAUAUACAAAUCGUUGCCGACGAUGCCACGUGGCCUAAGGUAUCAUGAGAAGAUAGUCCUGCCAGACUGCGUGAGAGGAAUAUACUCACCAAUGGACAAACUAGAUGCGCCGAUUAUUGCAAGUGAUGCGAUUCCGGAGUUCACGUCAUUCACGCAGUGGAUCGAGUAUCCUAAGGUACUAAAAAUUCUUUACGUCAUUCACGCAGUGGAUCGAGUAUCCUAAGGUACAACUAAAUUUAAUAUUUUUUCUGGUGGAAAGAAAGAAACUAACCAAGUUUCGUUGUUGUCUUUAUUCCACUAUCGUACAAGGAUUUUAACUGUUGAAUUCCUCUACGACUUCCGAGUGUUCUGGAAAGAAAGAAACUAACCAAAUUUCGUUGUUGUCUUUAUUCCACUAUCGUACAAGGAUUUUAACUGUUGAAUUCCUCUACGACUUCCGAGUUAUGGUGAAGUUUUCCAUUACACCUCUACUAAUUUUUCCCAUCCUCUCGUUCCAUCUCCAUUGGACCAAUCCUGUUCACCAAUCUCCCUACAGAUAACAGACUCCCGAAAGGCAGAGUUUCUGCAGAUCAAGAAGAAUUAUCAUAGAUGGGAACUCGAACACAGUGCUGUGUGGGCUGAAAUACAGCGAAAAGAAGCGGAAAAAAAGGCAAAAGACGCAAAGAAAAAGAAAAAGCCAGACGCAGGUGCGUUAUUGAACUAGUUAUUAGUCUCAUCGGACUCUUCCUAGACGUUCUUUGGCUCUGAGUCAAUUUAUGAGUCAGAUCUUAGAAGACUCACUCUGAAUUUAUGAACAACUUUGGACCUUGUCUUCGCAUUGUCGGUUCCGUAAGUAUCAUCCUAGACUUGGACUCUCGAAGGUCGUUGUAAUAGAUUCUGAAAGCGCGACGUCCUUGUGGCAGAUGAUCCGAUCAUUAGUUUAUCAAGAGUAGAAAUUACCUGUCAAAAAUGUUAGCGAACCUUUUCUCACAAUAGAAAUUCCAUUCCUUUUUUUCGUGUUUAUAGCGGUGACUGACCGGACUAAUCGGGUAAAGCACUGCUUAGCAUAGUUAGAGUAGACUCGGAACUUCGUUUGUUUUUUGGAUGUAGCAGCAGCGUUCCACUGCAAGAUGGGGUAAUAGUGUCACUUAGAUUUUCAGAUCGUCGUUGUCGACGCACUAAAUUCCAAAUAGAUAGACAAAUCAGCUGAACAAGGAUUGGUUAGUUUCUCAAUAGACCUGUAAACGAAGUUUUUUUUUAUUGAUAGAGUUUUGUACUUCGUCAGGUAAGCCAUUAGUCUUUUCAUCAUUAUGUAGAUCAUCGUCUCAUAAUUCAGGUUUAUAUCUGUUCUUUUCUUCCAUACAAUCUCACUGAUACGUGAUUUUGUCCGAUAUAUGUUUCGGUCGUCGAAGUAGUGUUUGUUUUUUCGUGCUAGCUGGGUAUGGUAGGUCAUAGACUUCGUCCCUUAUAGUUGAAUGUUAGUGUCAGUCUGUGUGAAGCAAAAUCACGCGACGAAGAAAUUCGAAGUGAAAGAGAGAAUAUGUUUUUUACGAUUCAAAAACAGGAAAAAAGGGAAAGAAAGAAGAAGCUGCGCCAGAACCAGUGGAAGAGGAGAAAUAUGAAGGUAUAAAUCAUUCAUAAUGAGAUGAGUGCAAAAAGUCUAAGUUGGGUACAAAACUCUUCAGCAGCCAACAAUGUCCGCGAGAACACUCAGCGGGCCCUAACCUAACCUAACCUAUUGUGUAGUUUGUUGUACAGUGCACAAACAUGUUGCUUUGUUCAAAGGAAAGGAAAAAAAAAUUACAAUGACUGCUGCUCUCUCAUGUAUCUUUACAUUGAAGUAGGAAAAAUAGCAACUACGGGACCGGUAGGGGUACCCCUAGCACACAACAAUGAGCAGUAUGUCAACAUUGAACUACAACAAGAAAAUGACAUCUUCAACUUCAUCAACAUUUGGCAAAACAACCAUGGCAAAACAAGGUCCGCCAUUUUCGAUGGACCAGCUGAUGGACAAAGUAAUAGCGUUUCGAGCCCAAGAAGCGCCGCGAGUUCCGGCAUCACGUAUGUUUGACGACCUGGAGAAGAAGAGACCAGAAGUGAUGGCUACUAGGAUACAGGUAUUGAUGCUAGGUCUUUCCAUUUGCAUUUUUUACUUAUAGGGAAGAGCUUUCUACGUUCUGCUUCUUGGAAGAUCAUGAUUUACAUUUUUUGCAUGAUGCGAGCAACAGAAGCGGCAUGAUCAAGUAGAAAAUGAACACUUUGAUGAAGAUGCGAUUCUUAUCAUAUCAUCCAUUGGAACUCUCCCCACUUCAACCACUACAGAGCUCUCUCCGAGCAAAACGUGCGCGACAGGAAGUUGCGGAAAGAAGAGCGGAGGCCGACCGCAAGAAAAAGAAGCCGGCAGCAGUAGUCUUAGACGAGAGUCUGAAGAAAGUCGAGCUCACCGAAGAGGACUCGCAGAAAAAGCCAAUGACUCAUGUAGAUCUCGGACUGAACUUAUGCAUGGACUUCAAAUAGUACUUGGUUGGCUAGAUGGUUGGCUAGGAGUUCAAGUUUGAUGGUUCCAGCUAGCUAAGUGGCUAGUACGUGAUUUAGUCCGACUGAGAACCAAUGCAACGGCAUCUAUCGUUAAGGGAUUGUGCCAACAAGAUAAUGUUGCGAAGUACACGAUUAUAUGCAACUCCAAUUUCUUCUUCACUUUCGUCUUCCCAACAAACUCAACAAACGACCGCCCAUUUCUAAUCCUCUUCAAGUAUUUCGCUAGCCAGAAGGGCUUGAAGUUUUUGCUGGAGAGUGGCCUCUUGGACCCGGAUGUGAGAUCACAUGUUUUGGAGAAGCCGAAAAUGCCGGAUCUAGACUUGGACCAGAAGAUAAAGUCCAUCUGGCAACCAAGACUAGUUUUCGAAGAGGAAAACGUGUAUCUAGACACGCAGCAGCUAUUUGAAAACUCUCACGCAGACUUCGACUACGGGUACGAACGAGGGCUCAGCCCAGAAAACACGGGAGCUGGAGGAGAGUACAACUACCAUCAUUCUCAUUAUUUUAUCACUUUGUACCCAGGCACGUUGGCAUUCUUGUAAUGUCAUUGUUCAUUAUAUUUUAAGUACACUCACACGACUUCUUGUCCAUUCGUUUCAAUCCCACCUUUUCCUCUUUCCCAGUCCAAUAGCCGCUGCGGAACACGAGAGUACGGAUAAGAAUUAUACUGCGCAACUUCUAGCAUCUGGCGGGAGGCCAAUGGAGCAAUCUGACUUGGGAGACGAUACAUUCUUUCUAUGGCAACGUUUCGCAAUUACUAGUGUUUACAGGACUAUCUGUCACGAUUAUCAUCAGAAUUGCUUUUCCAAUUGUUUCUUCUCGUCGGUAGGGCCCUACUGGAAUUCUCGUCAGGAAGUAAAUGCUUUCGAUCUCAACUUUGAUGCCUUGCUCACUUCUAAAACUUCCCAGUCCCCGUGAAGACCGUCGACCUAGUCGUUGUUCCAGUCCAAAGGGCCCGCAUCCGGAUAAGAAGGGUCCGCAUUGGGAUGUGUACGGUAACAAGCGAAUGGUCGGCAAGCCAAUAUCGCAGGCAUUCAUCAGUGUGAAUGACGCUUACUUGCAGAGGGAAGGACCAACAGACAAGAGGACGCGAACAAGCAGCUUUUAUGUUUGGUAGACUGGUCAAGGUCGUAGUGUUCAUGUUCUCAGAUGUAGUUGAAUUUCAAAUUCAUUGGCUUCUGUCUCUUCUCCAAUCCAGUACUCCUUCACUCUUCUUAGAACGCUUCUAGUACGAGCAGCACAAAAACCUCUCUAAAGCCCAGUGAACAAAAAGAACGCUCUAGAAGCACCUGGCGUACAGCAAGUGUUGAAGAGCGGUUGCCACGUCCUUACCGGUGACCCUAAGCAGACGCUUGCACGCGCAAAAGGAGCUGUGCAGGCUCUGAAGACCGAGGAUGCUUCGAAGGACCUCAAAUGGGAGCUUUCCGCCACGAUGCAAGGCUUGGGCGAUCCGAAUAAGCUAGUAGAAGCCGUCCCAGGUCAUGUGCGCUUUGGUUUGUUGCGAAGAGGCGCGGUUUACCAGAUCACCCUGCAACUGAAGAACCUAGACUGCGAACCGACGCGGUUUAACAUCAAGCAGCCAGAUUCGGAAUACGUGAAGAUUGCGUAUUCACCGAUGCCUGUCGCACCUGGGUUGUCCAUGAACGUUUCAGUGGAACUGUGGGGAUGGCAUAGUGCGAAAAUCCUGCAGGUGAUCGAAGCCAGUUGCAAGGCAGCGAUAGUUUAUGAUUGGCAGACAGAGAUAGAACAACAGUUGAAGUUACUAACCGACAACGACAUCGAAAGAGUCGUACUUUGUAUCUUCUCAAUGUAAAUAAUUUCAUCAGUCAAUCUUUAUCUAUCUAUCACGUAAUUUAUUCGUCCAUCGAGUACAACAGUACAAUGACAUCAAUUCUCCGUUCAUAUUCCGAAGAUCCCUGUUUCCGCUCGUGUAGUCGAAGCCGAGGAGUACGACCGCUUGGACGCUGAGAGUGUCCUCCUCAACGGAAAGCGGAUUAUGGGCUCGCACGUUCGAUUACAGGAGUACUCUAGUGAUAAACUUGGCGCAGCCUAUAUCGCGCCCAAUGACUUCCAAUCGAUGGCGGAAGGCCACGGGGAUGAGUCAGAGAUGCUGCUGAAGCGACAACAGCAACUCAGGGUCUACGGCUCAGUCGAGCGCUCACGCGACGAAGACGGGGGUGAUGACGUGCCACAACCGCUUAGCUACAGCGAUCCGGAGGAGGCGAUGUGAACAAGGCUGUGGAAGUUCGGUAGAUCAAGCGUCUCAGAAUAUGCGAACUGUUAGAUCAACUUGAUAUUCUUCAGAGUGAAAUAAGUUACCUAGACUAGAAAAGCCAUACAAGUAGAUUCAUCCAGACUCAGCAAAGGUAAAUAGAAUUUGUUUAUCCUCUUAUGAUGUUUUGUAAUCGUACACUCAGUUCCUGUUAUGAUAUGAGGGAAGAAGAAGAGGUGUCGCCAGCUACCUCGAAGAUGGGCCUUGUUUUUAGAGAUUAAGAUUACAGGAUUUACAUUACAGAAAAAUUAGGAUACUUUUAUCUACACUAAUAGGAGAAUUAGAAAGUAGAACGACCACGUACACGAUUGUAAGACUAGUAUACCCAGAGCAGUGGGAGGCGAGAGGAGUACAAAUGACACGCCCUUCUGCUCAAGAAAAUGACAGAAAUUAAGUAUGACUAAAGACCGAUGUGAAUAGGGAAGAGAAAUCGUCCUCGCCCCAGGACUUUCUCUCUAUGACGUGAAGAUACUCUGCGUAUGCAUGCUAGUUUGUUGUGCCAUAGAAUAAAGCUAUUUGUUUAGCCAAGAAAAAUCGGAAUUUGAUUUGUCAGAAUCCUUGUUAUUAAAGUGCCUAAGCCUAAUCGUGCCAGACCUUGAUAUAUUGGAAGACGUUGGAUAGUUUUGAAGACACUAGAAUUAGUUUGUUUCGUUAUUGAGUAUCGUUUUCUUUGUCAGAUAUCUUUUUCUCUGAUUGAUUAUAGCAUCCAAAUCUCGUAAUAUCUAUGCCUUAACAUGUAAUGUCGCGCCUCCUGAAGCAUAUCCAAAGACAACAAUGCACAUGCAGCAGCUUGAACAGAUAUUAUCAUUCUGUUUUGCAUAGACUUUCUUUGAUAACAGACACUAUGAAUUACUUACUCUCACUGUGGAGAAUAGUACAAAGAAAAAUCAUUCUCAUUUCAUGUCCAUACCAGAUGACGCUACUACUAACUUCAAAACUUGAACUUCGCCGUUGUUAUUAAUCAAGAAUGUCUCUUCUUCAACAUCAUGAUCAUCUUCAUCACUUCCAUCAUGCAUGACAUACACAAAAAUCUCCCCUGGGAACCAUAACGCCCAACUUGUGCAGUUUAUGUUAGCCUUCUAGUGUGGGAAGCAAAGAGGCACG